ACUUGCAAAAUCGCCUGAAAUUGUAUGAAUUGUUGUUGUGACAACAACGCGGAAUGAAAGUGAAUCAGAAGUGGAAAAGACAUCAAAAUUUCAAACAGGACUUGAGUGGAAUAUUCUUCCAAGUAUUGAUGACGAUAACCACACAACAUAAUUGCGAUCAAAGCACGGAUCAUUCGGAUAGUAUAUAUACAUUCCCUAACACUAUAACAAAUAAAUGAAACAUAUUUCAACGGUGAUAUUAAAUAGAUUAAAUAUCACAAUUUCUUUUGGAUCGUUUCUGAGUGUUGAUCGACGCAUGAAAUGCCUGCCGGAUCGAAGCGAGGCCUUGUUGCCCCGCAAAACACAUUCUUGGAAAAUGUUAUAAGAAAAACUAAUCAGUACGAAACAAAUAGCAGUUUCUUACUGGCCAAUGCGCAAUUAUGGGGUUGGCCAAUUGUUUAUGCAAACGAAGGUUUUUGCAAAAGUACUGGUUACAACCGGUCCGAAAUUAUGACUGCUUCAUGCAUCUGCGAAUUUAUGCACAGAGAUCUAACGGACAAGGAUGUUUUGCAAAAAAUGAAAGAUACUCUGGAUAACAAUGAAACUGGAAAAUUUGAAUUGCUACUUUACGACAAAUCAGGUACGCCGAUGUGGUUCCUCUUACAAGUUGCACCGAUCAAGAACGACGCAGACACAACAGUAAUGUAUCUGUUGAUAUUCAAAGAUAUAACUCUCAUCAAGAGACCAAUAACACAAGAUAAAAAAGAGGGUCUUUCAAAAUUUAACAAUUUUGUAAGUCGGAUGAAAAGAAAUCAAGAAAUUGAAAUAGAAGAAGGAAAAGAAAUCUCAGCGAAAGAUAUUCAGGAACGAAAUCAAAAAAUUUCAGAGCUUUUUAACUUGAAUCCUGAAAUGUUACCGAAAUAUCAUCACGAAUCUCCCAAGACUCCGAUGGGAAUAAUUCUUCAUUAUUCAUCAUUUAAAAUGUGUUGGGAUUGGUUUAUACUCAUAUUAACUUUCUACACUGCGGUGAUAGUGCCUUACAAUGUUUCUUUCCAAAUCAAAGAACGUAAAGCAGCUUGGCUUUAUUCCGACAGUAUGGUGGAUUUGAUAUUUCUCAUUGACAUUGUCUUAAAUUUUCACACAACUUUCGUCGGACCAGGAGGUGAAGUUAUAUCCGACCCAAAAGUUAUUCGAAUGAAUUAUUUAAAGAGUUGGUUUGUAAUCGACUUAUUAUCGUGCCUUCCUUACGAUCUAGUUAAUUUUUUCACAUCAAACGAUAAUGGAUUUACUGACGAGGGCAUCAGCAGCCUCUUCAGCAGUUUAAAAGUCUCUCGACUUCUGCGAUUAGGCAGGGUGGCCAGGAAACUUGAUCAUUAUAUUGAAUAUGGAGGGGCAAUGUUGGUACUUCUGGUUUGCUUCUUCGGAUUGUCAGGGCAUUGGCUUGCUUGCCUGUGGUAUACAAUCGGUUGGCAAGAAAUUUCAAGAGAAAAUAUGACGUUGACCAGUUAUAAUUGGCUUGUGCAACUCGGGAAGACUCUUGAUAAAGAAUAUUACUUGUACCCAAAUGGUACGGUAGGAGGAGGACCAUCGACACAAGAAUGUUAUAUCGCAUCGUUAUAUUUUACUAUGACAAGUUUAACAUCAGUUGGGUUCGGAAAUAUAUCAGCGAACACAGAAAACGAACAGAUAUUUUGCGUUAUUAUGUUAAUUUUUGGCGCGUUGUUGUACGCGACUAUUUUUGGAAAUGUGACAACCAUAAUUCAGCAGAUGUAUGCCGAUACAAAUCGUUAUCAUGACAUGCUCAACAGUGUUAGAGAAUUUUUGAAACUUUAUCAAAUUCCAGAAGGACUCAGCGAUCGAAUUAUGGACUACAUUGUGUCCACGUGGUCAAUGAGCAAGGGUAUUGACACUCAGAAGGUUCUCAAUUAUUGUCCCAAAGAUAUGAAAGCGGAUAUUUGUGUUCAUCUCAAUAGGAAGGUAUUCAAUGAGCAUUCAUCAUUCAGAUUGGCAAGUGACAGUUGUCUUCGUGCUAUAGCAAUAGAAUUUGUCACCACGCAUACUGCACCAGGCGACAUCAUUUAUCACAGAGGAGAAAGCGUUGAUACAUUGUGCUUUGUCGUUUCUGGAUCGCUGGAAGUUAUUCAGGAUGAUGAAGUAGUCGCCAUUCUAAGUAAAGGCGACGUUUUUGGUGACACAUUUUGGCUUGAUCCAACGGUCGGACAAUCAGAAUGUCACGUCCGUGCGCUUACUUACUGUGAUUUACAUUCGGUGAAGAGAGAGCCACUACUUCGAGUUUUGAACUUUUAUCAAUCAUUUGCGACCUCAUUCGCUCGAAAAAUGGUUCUUACUUUCAACAUAAGAAAAAGGGUUAUAUACCGAAAAAUGUCAGAUGUGCGCCGGGAAAGAGAGCGAGAAUUCCGUCAAGCUAAUGAUCCAGAUUGGGAAGGAAAUUUCCCAGACGAUCAUCCCAUUCGACGACUUUUUCGAAGAUUCAAGAGUCGGUACAGAGAUCGAAAAGCCGCUCAAGAAAACGUAGUACGUGAAGUUAGUCCGAAUUCUGAUGAAUCAAAAGCUAGCACGCAAAACCGAACUACAGAAGACUCCACUGACAAAACUUCAGCGACUAAAAGAAACAGUGCUGCUAAGUCAACGAAAAAACGGCGAUCUGCCAAAGUAACACCAGAGGGCUCGCCGAUCAGUCCAGUGUCGCGCGAACUCGGCACGAUUGAGGAUGCGGAAGAAAAUGAUACAUCGUUAACCCAGAGCAACAGCCCGUUAUCAAUUCAGCAAGGAAGGUCAUCAUCGCCACCAAGCAAUAGCGCUUACAUGAUUGUUGAAACAGAAAACAUUAUCAAAAGUGUUAAUGACAUCCGGACAGAAACUCAGUGUGAAUUUGAACUUAUAAACGAUAGAAUUGGACGAAUGGAAGACAAUCUAACUAAAAUAUUGGAUCUGCUUUCCAUGCAAUCACGAAACCCCAAACAACGGAACGUUAAUUUUAACGCCAACAAUAAUAACAGUCUACAAGAAGAGAAUUUUAGUAGAGAACCACAAGGACUGAAUGUUACGCAAGUCAGGUGUAUAAAUGAACGCAAAAAUUCCCAACAUAAAUUAAAAUCAAGAACAGAAGAAUACACGUAUGAAAAACCAUCAACCAGGCAAAAAAUAUGGGAAAACGAUCCAAAGGAUGAUUCGAACAACUUUAAACUGCAGUCCUUUCGUUUGUCAACAGAUAUGUUUGGUAAAUAUGAAAACGCGUGAGUAAAAACACCGAUACGAAUGCUAAAAUUAACGUGGAUAAAACACGCGUGAAAGCGAAACGAUGCUUUGUGACACUCAAAGUGACAGCUGAACAACCGCCUAUCGCAAACUAAACCGUUGAAGCGUGGAUCGAUACGGUUGAAUCGCAGACGAUUGCAUUCACUACAUGUAACCCACAAUCAUAUUGAUUGCUCGGGUUCUAGACGAAAUCUGUACACCAUUUCACAUACCUACAAACAACUUUGCACACACAUUGCCAUCUAAACUUAUUCUAUUUAAAUAAUGAUUCGUAAUAAAUACAAUUUAAAUAAGAA